ACGCCCCUCCCCGCCCCGAGCCGUUGGCGUCAACGUCUGCCGGAAGCGCCUCCCUCACGUGCGGCUCGUGGCGGUGGAGAUCCCAGGUGAAGGCGGCGCGGGAACGCUGUCCGGACGCCCGCCGGCCCCGGAGGGAACCUCGCUGGAGAGGCCGGGUGCGAGGAGGGAUCGCCCGCCGCCCCAUCCGAGGGAAUUCUCCCAGAGGGUUCCCCCAGCUGCGGCGAGAGCCCGGACCGGAGGGAGCUCCGCUCGAGAGAACCCCACUUUAGAGAGUCCGGCUUGAGAGCGCGCGCCCCGAUAUAAGGGAUCUUGGGGCUAGGGCGUCAGAGAACCCCGAUCCGAGCUAGUAGGAUUUGAAGAAGACGUGUAGCCAUGGCUGCUGUUUAUUCUGGCAUUUCCUUUAAGCUUAAAAGCAAGACAACUUCCUGGGAAGAUAAACUAAAACUAGCUCACUUUGCUUGGAUUUCCCAUCAGUGCUUUCUACCAAAUAAAGAACAAGUUUUACUUGAUUGGGCAAGACAGACAUUGGUUGCAUUUUAUAAUAAAAAACUCGAACUGCAGGAAGAUAUUGUUGAAAGGCUUUGGGUCUAUGUAGAUAACAUUCUACAUAGCAGGAAAUUGCAGAAUCUCCUGAAGAAUGGAAAGACUGUAAAUCUUCAGAUUUCCCUUGUCAAGGUUAUAAAUGAGAGACUAGCAGAGUUCUCACUUGCAGGAUCCCAUAAGAAUGUCUGUGCCAUCCUGAGUUGCUGCCAGGGCAUCCUCUCAACACCUGCCCUUGCUGUCAUCUACACAGCCAAACCAGAGCUGAUUGUAGCCUUGCUGAGCCACCUUUGCUGGUCAGUCUGCAGACAACCAGAAGGAGCCAUGACAGCCCAGCUAUUUGAAGUCAUUCAUCUGGCUCUUGAACAUUACCUCAAGCUUCAGCAACAGCAAGCCAACCCCAGACGUGUCUUUGCAGAUAUGACUGGCCACCUCCUCCAGCCCUGCCUAGUCCUGAGACAUUUGCUUUUUGGGGGCACGUGGACACAGGCUGGUCAGGGCCAGCUACGGCAGGUACUGAGCCGAGAUAUCAGGAGUAAGAUUGACACCGUUCUUCGAAGCGGUGUUUUUCGACAUGAUUUACUCUCAUCCUAUAAAGAGGAGCUCUUGGAACAGCACCAAGACAAUGUAAAGAUGGGGGUUCUGAAGAGUCUUCUCACUCCAGUGGAAACUGUGACUAAAAGGCUGGUAGAGCCUGACUACAUCAAGUCAGACCUGCGUGCUUCGGUUGUGGCAGACUCAGUGUCUUUAUUGUACAGACUCUUUCUGGACUCAUACCUUAAGGAAGAAAACCAAUUCCUUUGUUUUCAGGCUCUCCCCAGGUUGUUUGGCUGCUUGCAGAUUUCACACCUGCAAGAGGGACAGAUGGAAACCCUAACCCUAUCAGACUGGACCACAGAGCUUCUGGCUGUUGAGCAACUGCUAAAUUCAGUGGCCACCACCAACAUCUACAAUGUGGCUGCUGACAGGAUCCAACAUGGGGAGGCACAGUUCCACUUCUACCGCCAUGUGGCUGAGCUGCUGAUCAACCAUUCACAAGCACCUGUGCCAGCUUGGUUUCGCUGCCUCAAGAUUUUAAUGUCUCUAAAUCAUUUGAUUUUAGAACCAGACCUAGAUGACCUGUUGUCUUCAGCCUGGAUUGACGCAGAAGUAACAGAAUUUCGAGCUAAAAAAGCCCAGGAGGUACUUAUUAGCACUGUCUUCCAGACAUAUGCCAGGCUCCGACAAGUGCCACGAUUGUUUGAAGAGGUUUUGGGGGUGAUCUGCCGUCCAGCAGCGGAGGCACUGAGGCAGCCUCUGCUUGCCUCAGGCCCCUCUAUGGCUCUCUGUGCAUGCCUCUUGGAGCUGCCACUGAGUCAGAUCCUGGAUACAUGGUCCCUUGUACUAGAGAAGUUCCAGUCUUUGAUCAUGCCCUGUUUGCAGAGUGAUACUGACAUGGCUUUGAAGGCUUUGUCUCUGAGCUCUCUGCUGCACUGUGUCAUGCUCAACAUGCCGAGUCUGGACAACAGCAUGCCUCUGCCCAUCAUCAGACAGACACAGUGCAUAAUGGAGAGGAUGCUGAAAGAGCUUGUGGAGCCCCUUUUGGGCCUUCUCAUGGACCUCUGGAGCUCAGAGUCUGAGCUGUGGCAACAGAAGGUGAGUGACUCUGCACUCUUACUCUGUUACACCUGGGCUCAAGUGGACACUACUCUCAGUCUGCACUGCAGCCAGUAUCAUUCUCUGGCAGGGCCCCUAGCUGGGGCUGCUCUGGAUGUCUCAGCACUCCCUUUGUUGCUACCAGGUGUGGAAACACAGCUUUGGAAGAAGGUGGAAAAGUGUAUAGUUCAGUCCAGGUCUCUCAGUAGGUACUGCUUAGAACAGCUGUACCUGCAGAAGGUGAAAAGGACUCUGAUGCGGACUAAUUCCCAGUCUAAAGAAGCCCUUCAAACCUUGAGAGAUGACACUGCCUGCAUUCUGGAUUCUAGCAGAGACUGUUUAAGUCAGAAGACAGUAGUUGCCUGGGAUAGGCAGGUGUCGACAAUGAAUGAGUCUACAUAUCCUGUAGCACACUGGCACUUGAUCGUAUCAAACCUCACAGUUUUAAUACCCUACCUUUGUUUGGAUGAUGUGAAAUAUUUGGCCACUGUCCUGUUAAGAACUUUACCAGCAAAUAAAGUGCAGGAAAGCUUGGCCCAUGGUGAGCCAUACAUCACACUUGAGACAGUAUCCACAGCCCUCCUGCACAGCCCUCUCUUUCCAGAGAUGCAGUCCCUCCAUUCUGCUUUCCUGAUGUGUAUUGCUGCAAAAUGUUCUAGCAUUCUGUGCUCUGGUGCCCAUGGUGAUCUGAGUCUUAUUAGUGAGCAGUUUCCCUGGCUUCUUGAAAAGGACUACCACACAUUUAUGUCUCACUGGGAAACCAAAUUAGCUAAAGUUGGACUUGAAGGUGUAGAACCAAGAGGAGAAGUUGCCCAGAAUUUUCUAUCUAUGAUCAAGAAUGGUUUUCCUAUCAAGCUAGAUGAAGAGCAGCUAAAAGUCCUCCUGGAGCUCUUACAAGUCAUCUCCACCCUUCACCUGGACAGCCUCAUGCCAUCUUACCACGUGCAUUUUUUUUUCCUGUUAUUCUCCAUGGCUAUCUCCACAUUGGAGCAUUGCUCUUCCCCACUAGCUCUCCAGUACUUGGUGACAUGCUACCGACUCCUCGGUGGUCUGCAGAGGGGAAGAAAUGCCCGCUCUGUGUUCAAGGUCAUGUAUGUUAGUGACAUCUUUGAGGUUGUGCUGACCUCACUGUUGAAAGCCAGCACGGAAUUUCAAGUUAGGGAGGAUGACUCCAAUUGGCUACAGCUUCUUCAAGUGUUAGGGAUGUUCUUGGAACAGCUAAUGCAGAUGCUUAUCCAAGUAAAGCUGAGCUUGGUGCUCAAUUUUGGAAAAAUUACUGCCUUCCUCUCAAGGUGUAGUAAGGGAGCUUCCAGCAAAGAAUUGAAGAUCCAGAGCCUUCGGUGCAGGCAACUGCUUCUAGUGGCUCUAACCAAGUUGUGUCAGAGUUUGGGGCCUUAUGUUAAGGAGCGAAGGCAGCUACUGGAGGCAUCAGCAGCACUACCUGAACUGUUGCAGCAAGCCAUGAUGCAGAUGGGUGCCAUGCUGAAUCUCUGCCUAGUGCCUGGGACUACAGGCCGCCGCCUGCCUUCAGUCCUCCUCUCAGCUGUCCCCACGCUUUUAGAAGUAGACCUGAGCCAAUGCCUUCGGGUAGGACAGCCCCAGAUUUCUCAAGCUGUGGAUACGGAUAGAACAUUGCCUUCUCACGUGGCCCUUUACCAGAAUGUCUACAUUCAGUUGCUGGAGGAGUUGCCUGCCCUGUUAGGAAAUACUCAGUCUUUCCAGGCAGCAUUGCAAUUUCUAACCUUGUUCCUUUUGGCCCCAGAGCUCCAUUCCAAGGAGAGCUCUGUUUUUGCUUCCAUCUUUCAUUCUGUGCAGAAAGUUCUUACAGGUCCAGGCAUUCCUGCACCAGUCACUCAGGAUAUUGAGCCUCACUUAGAAGCCCUGCUCACCCAAAUGUUUGAGGCUGGGACAACAGAGCAGUUUGGGAUCAUACUGCAGUCUAUUCUUCAGGGGCUGGACAUCUCUCAGGCAUGGAAGUCUGAUCAGCAGGUGGUUUUGUGUGCCAUUAGACUACUAAGUCUACUACUGAAAUGCCCACUCAAUGGAGAGAAGGCAAGUUUGCUAUGGCGUACGUGUCCCCAGAUAGUCACGGCUCUAACGCUGCAACACCGAGAGGCCUGCCAGGAACAGCCUGUGGCUCUAGUAGUGGUUGAGCCUGUUCUUGACGUCCUGGCUGUUCUGUUGCGGAAAGGGGAGGAGACCAUCAGCAACCCUCAUCACGUCAGUCUGGCUUUUAACAUCUUGCUCACAGUCCCUCUGGAUCACCUGAAGGCACUGGAGUUUGGCAGUGUCUUCCAGAAGAUGCACAAUGUGCUGUUCUCCAUCUUACAGUGCCACUCGAAGGUGAUGCUGAAGGCCAUUUCAUCCUUCUUGAACUCGUUUAAUAUACUAUUGUUUUCAGUUAUGCGUGAAGGACGGCAGAAAGACAAAGGAAGCAUGGAUGACUUGCCAGUGGUCCUUGAGUGUGCACGCCUGGUGGAAAGGAUGUACAGCCACAUUGCUACUCGAGCUGAGGAAUUCACCGCGUUCUCCCCAUUCCUGGUGGCCCAGUAUGUGACAGAAGCACAGAAGGUAACCUUGUACCCAACUGUGAAGAACCUGCUACAGGAGGGAAUUUAUCUCAUUUUGGAUCUCUGCAUAGAGCGUGAUAUUCAGUUUCUGCGGGCCUCGCUACAGCCCGGAGCACGAGAUGUCUUUAAGGAACUACACAGCGACUACCUCAAGUACCACAAGGCCAAGCAAGAAGGAGAGAAAAGAUAUACAGCCUAGGCCACACCACAGAAGCACAGUUCCUGGUACAUCUUGCAGAGGCUUCAUGGUUCAGAGUCAUAGAGGAUGUAAAGGCUUCUGAAAUUCUCAUGCACAUUAUCAGCAACCAUGGGAACUCUUCCUACCACCCCCUGUCACCUCACGAGUCCCACUGUGUCUCACAGUGUAUCCAACUGGUUUGGAACUUACCAUAUAGACCAGGCUGACCUUGAACACAGAAAUCCUCUGCCACUUCCUUCUGUAUGCUGGUGCUAAAGGCAUGCACCACUUUCGGAAUUAUUUAUUUUUAUAGCUUUUUUAAAUUUUAAUCUGAGUAUUCUUUAAUAUCCUUCUUCCUGGGAUGAUAAGGAUUGAACCUGGGGCCUUAAACUUACUAAUUUCACACUUCUGCCACUCAGCUACACCUUCAUGCCUCAGGAUGCCUUUUUAUAACUAAGAGUGGCAUAAGAAACCUGAAAACAGGUUUUGGGGUUGGAUGAAUUUAAUGGAAAAAAAUGCUGAUCAUUAUGACUGUACCUAAUGUCCUUUUCCUUUUUGCCUCUCCUGACUGGAAACUGUAGGACUGGUGUUUAAUUCUGAUACAUGGGACUGUAGUUAAAGCCUGUUUGGAUAAUUCUGCCCUUUAAAUCAAGUAGGACAGGGACACUCUUGUGCCUUCCCUCUGAGAAUUCUGGUGGUGCUGGGGGAGCCCUGGAUAGGAUGGUAUGUACCUAUCUGGUAGGUAGGUGCUUCCAGCACAGAAGUCAGGGCUCUUACUUAUUGCUGCUUCAUUUUGAGAAGUUCAUUAUAAAACUUCCUGUUCGGUUCAAGAAAUAAUGUUAACUGUUCUUACUAUCUAAACAGUGUAUUUUGAUGGUCUCAGUUACCCAAACAGCCUUUAUUACCACUUAGGAAAUGUCUUGUUUAGUCUCUUUGUUGUGUAUAUGUAGAUGUAUAAAUAUAUAGUAAAUUGAUCAAAAUGUGUUUUAAUAUUUUCUUUUGUAACAGUUGUCAUAUUAGAGUCAAUAAACAUAUUUGGUAUUUUUUAAUUA